AUGCCUCCUCGGAAGCCUCAGGUUGCCUCACACAGCGUGGAACUGGGCCAGGAAACGAGUCCAGAAGGCGGUCAGGAGGCUGGGGGCAAGGCUGUGGCCAAGAGGAAGCUGAAUGACGGAGGGGAUGUGUCCAUAACCUCCAAACGUGGUAGGAAGACUCUGGUUCAGCCACGGACCACAGGUGGGUUCAAAAACCCGUUCCCAGCACUCGGUUCCACGUCAGCACCUCCGGUUGUUCAUAAUAUGGCACCAGUAGCUCACCUAGUUCCUCUGGAGUCCAUUCCACCUCAUCCACCGCAGUCGUUCGAUGCAAUGUUGCCACAAAGCCAACGUUAUGACGCAUAUAUGCGUCCUGAUGGGAUAGAGGCAAAGCUGUCAGAACGAAACAAUCCUUCAGCUGGACCUGCAGACGUACCCAUCGAUCCUGCACUUGAGGCAACACGCGAGCUUGACGUGCCAUCACCAAAUCAAGGCUAUGACCCUGACACCACGAGAAUGCCUCCUCCUGCUACAAAUCAAACGAUCCCAUCCAAAUUAGCGAGUGCUGCGAUCAUCAAGAGUCCAUUUGAUGCCUUGUCUACACGUCUGACCAGCACCAAUCCCUUUCACAUGCUGUCGAGCACCCGAGAGCGAUCUGCAACACCACAAAACACCAAUUCAAUUUCACCGACACUGACCAGUUCAUCACUCACGCUGUCUGCAGCUUUCACGACUCCAGAUGGCUCGAAUUCAUCAUCUGAAGCCUUGCGUGUAUCAGCAGCCAAUAAACAGGGUGCAGGAACUCCGAGUCUCACCAAACCGACCACUGGCACGCGAGCUGUCAUCCCGAAGUGGCUUACUGACACAAUCACGCGCCUGGAGAACGAAAUGAAGGCCCUGAAGGAGAAGCAGGAUGAAGCUACUGACAUCAUAGAUGAACAAGGUCGUGAGAUAGAUAAGCUUCGUCUGGAGCUUCAAAUGCUACACAACGGACACAAUCAGCUCGGAGAAGAUGUUGAAAAAGCACGCACGUUACUCGAUUCUGUCUCCUCAAAUGUCGACGUGAUUACCAAAUCACUUGAAGGAAGUAGCGAGCCAUCCAAAUCCAAGACGGCGCAGGCAGUUAGUGACAAUUCAAAGGAUAAUAUCUGGAAUACGGGAGUCCGUAAAUGUUUCUUGAAAGGCAUUGGUGUUACGAAACCCUCAGCAAUAAAGGUCUGCCAUCCGCACGACGACGGUGUGCAAAUCAAAGGGGAACAAGUUCGGCCCGACUUUAGCAAGGACUGGAGCGAGAAUGCAUUGUGGCACACCCACCUUGUGCAGUACAUCAAGCACAAUAUCAGAUCAUGCCACCCAAUGGUGUCCCAGGAGCUUCUUGCUUCGAAAACGGAUGAAGACAUACUCAAGCGCCUCCACGAAAACUUCAAGUAUUAUGCGGCAGAGUACUGCAGUGCCAACAAAAUCUCAUUAACAACAGGCAAAGUAAAAGGAAAGAUUGACUCACAGGUAGCGCGUCGCGAAGCACGCAAACGAGCCAAAUUGGAGGAGCAUAACCAUGUGCGACCUGCAUCAAGCCUCAUGUCCGCUGCGUGGGACUAUGCGUUCCAGUUAGCGUAUCAGAGCACCGACGAGAGCAUGCCAUCGGAGGACGAGCAAGGGGGAAUUGACCCGGACACAGAUGAGGAAAAGGAUGUUCGCAAGAAGCCACCCGCAAAAGCCAAGGUAUGCGACGAGCACACAGCUGAAUCAGAUCAGUUCAAUCAAGCCAUGGAUCACCUCAAUGGCCUCGCACUCGAGGACAAAAAAUUCAGCCGUCGUCAUCCACGCAUCAUUGGUGAUCCACGCAAUCGAGAGUUGCCUAUACCCCUCGGCGCAAUUGAUCCUGAGUGGCUACAUUUGCACCCUCAAGACCCAUCGAGGUACGAUGGAAGCAUUGUUAUGGCAGACGCACCUGAACAAGCCCAAGGCUUGAAUGACGAGGGAUUAGCAGAUGAUGAAGGAGAACCACUAGCCAACGAGGAUGAUGAGGACUUGUACAAUGCCUAG